GCCUCGGCCCGGGUCGCCCCGGCGCGCAUCCGGGCGUCUGAGACCACCGCCCCCACCCCCAACGGCAAAGGAGGAUCACCCCCAAACUCCGACACCCCCCCCAGCGGUUCGUGCGCGGUGGACCUCUGGGGCGCUGAGUUUCUGCCUGGGAAGCUGAGUGGACUUGCUGAGGCACGCCGAGAAGAUGGUGGACCACUUGGCAAACACGGAGAUUAACAGCCAGCGGAUCGCCGCGGUGGAGAGCUGUUUUGGGGCGUCGGGGCAGCCGCUGGCCCUGCCGGGCCGCGUGCUGCUGGGCGAGGGCGUGCUGACCAAGGAGUGCCGCAAGAAGGCCAAGCCCCGCAUCUUCUUCCUGUUCAACGACAUCCUGGUGUACGGCAGCAUCGUGCUCAGCAAGCGCAAGUACCGCAGCCAGCACAUCAUCCCCCUGGAGGAGGUGACGCUGGAGCUGCUGCCCGAGACGCUGCAGGCCAAGAACCGCUGGAUGAUCAAGACGGCCAAGAAGUCGUUCGCGGUGUCCGCCGCCUCCGCCACCGAGCGCCAGGAGUGGAUCAGCCACAUCGAGGAGUGCGUGCGGAGGCAGCUGCUGGCCACGGGCCGCCCGCCCACCACGGAGCACGCGGCGCCCUGGAUCCCCGACCGCGCCACGGACAUCUGCAUGCGCUGCACGCACACGCGCUUCUCGGCGCUCACGCGGCGCCACCACUGCCGCCAGUGCGGCUUCGUGGUGUGCGCCGAGUGCUCCCGGGAACGCUUCCUGCUGCCCCGGCUCUCGCCCAAGCCCCUGCGCGUCUGCAGUCUCUGCUACCGGGAGCUGGCCACCCAGAAGCGCAGGGAGGAGGCCGCCGAGCAGCAGGGUAGGGGCUCCCCGGGGCGCCCGGCCGCGGCUGGCUGCGGAGCUUCCAGUGGCGACGAGGAGGACUCGGACGAGGACAGGGAGGCCUCCGGGGAUGACCCGUGGCCUAGCCGCGUGCAGUUCUACACCUCCGGUGUCUCCUGGUCGGCCUUCCACAGCUGACCCCGGCCUGCAGGGUGUGUCUGCAUCGGGCCAGCCCCACUGCCCAGGGCCCCAGGAGGGGGGCAGGACCUCAGUUUCUGUGCCCGGUGUCCCUGGACCUCAGCCUGCGG